GGUGUACAGCCAUGGGUCAACAUUCCGCGGGGGCGAGCGCCGAGCGCCUACUGACAGCAGGCCGUGCGGAUAGACCUUCAAGGUAGUGAUUAAGAGCGUCGAGGCGCGUUCGAUCCGCGCGGAGGACAACAACCAGUAUAUCAGAAGUUCAGCUCCGACUCCUGGAGAAACUUGCUGCGAGACUGUGAACUUCAUUCACACAAAACCAAAAAAUGCCCGGGUGCUUCACCUGUGCAGACCGAAAGAAGCGCUGUCCUCGCGAGUACGACAGUGAAGGAAAUUGUGUGGAAUGUUCCCGACUUCGCUUGAGAUGUAUUAGGGAUGAAGAUGGAAAAAAUAUGAGUCUACCAGAGCUUACAGAUUUCCGACAAGAGAGGCUCAGGGCGACCAAAGAAUCCAGAAGCGCCCAUAGUAGGAGUGCGUUGGAAGUACAAAAGCCAUCAUCCACAGUCACAUCACUUCCGAAUCAUGUACGUGGUGUGGGGCCCACGAAUUCUCUCAAUGCCAGUGGUAUAGCCGCCCACCAGCAGAAUGCAGGAGAGCAAACGCUUCCUAGAGACAUAUCCGAGGCUUCACGCUACACUGUAAUACAAGGCCAUGAAUCAUUGGAUGACAUCUUUGACGAAUGGAGUUUUGGCCCCACGGGGAAUGCCGGGCCUGGAGUUAGCCGCGUGCCCCAGCACCAGAUCACACGUCCCCAACAUGAAUCUGAUGAGUUUCUCAACUCAGCCAUGAAUCCUUCACUAUUCCCCCCAGCAUUUGAAUAUGAUGGGGAUCACGACUACCCCCAGUGGCCUGGAUUUAUUGUGGCCGGUGGCCCGAACGCAAGCAGCACGGAUGUGUUUUCUGCCAGCGGUCCGGGUAUCGAGUUCCUGCCUGAUGGAGCACAGGCCACAUUCCCAGAUUUGGGACCCCCCUCUGGCCCUACGUGGGCCCAAUGGGGUCGGAUCACGGAUUCUAGGACCUCGGCUAUCCCGAGCCGCCCCCCACCACGUCGCUCACGAAACUUGAAUCCCGCCGACUCUAACCGACAUGUAGCGUCGGGAAAUCGUCCCGGCUUGGCGUAUGAGAGCGCUGGUAGGCCGUUCAAUGAAUCUACCUCAUCCAUGAACAGAGGCUCCUCUUUUGUGGGUGGUAUGCCGGUUGCCACUACCUCCGGCCUUCAAAACAUCCCAACAUCCCAGUUGAUGCCACCGCCUCCCACGGACGAUCCCGAGGGUGAGUUGAAUCGUUUCCAGAGGUAUAUCUGGUCCAACAUCCCCGGUGUCGCUCGUAUCGUGAUCGAGGUGGAAGGUGACGAUGGAGUGACGAGGGGCCUUGAGGCCCUGUUCGAACGUGCUAGUGCCGUUGGUCCCGUCGCAAUCGACGCCGUGCCUGUCAAGCGUCGUCGUCGUCGUCAUCCCCCUCCAUCGUAAUGGAGUCAACUCUCUCUCCUGUCGGCAAUCUCUUGCCGCACACACGAAGCAUUCCCUUUCGAGGACUCUGCCUCCAUCUUUCGUGCGAUCUGGACG